CUGAGAUGAGAUGAGAAGAUCCUUUUGUGUACUUAAUUGACCUGCUUUAGUCUGCCAUCCUGUCCUUCCCUCCCAAGUAAGCAGCAUCAGAUGCAAGGGGUGACACCAAAGGCUGGCACACAUUCUCGUUCCUCCCCUUUUUUCUGCCCUUCAAAAUCUCUUUCUUCUCCAACAUUCCAAUGGUGAUGCCCUGCCCUGACCUCCCUGGAUUGCUCCUGCACACACUCCAAGAAUCCUCACAGUGAUGAUGUAGUGGUAUAUAUAGUCUCCAAUCUCCAUGGGCUCUUAAUCCCUUGUUUGCAUCAGGAGGAUCCAUCAGCAAAUCAGCACAAUCUGAUUAAUUCUGGCUGUUAAUUAGCCAGUGAGAUUUUUUCUUUUUGGCUGCUGUCUGUAGUGCUGUGCUGAUCGAUGCAAAUGCCCUUCUGCCCGAAGCUGUGGGACCGGAGCGCGGCGACGACGCCGGCGCAGGCGGGGAACGUCGUCAUCAAUGGCACGGUGGUGGUCGCCAACCACUUCGGGCUGUCGGCGCCCGGCAGGUCCACCACGCUCCGCCUGUUCAGCGGCACCCAGGUCGAUCACGAGACGAGGAAGGGGAGGCUGAGCGCGGAGGCGGCGCUGAGGGGCGGCAAGAAGUCGAAGCACGGGAAGGCGAGCACGACGACGUACCAGGUGACGUUCCUCGUCGACGCCGACUUCGGCACGCCGGGCGCCGUCGCGGUGAAGAACGGCAACCGGAGCGACCAGUUCUUCCUCCGCCACGUCCGCCUCGACCUCGCCGAGGACCGGAGCGUCCACUUCGACUGCAACUCCUGGGUGUACCCCUCCAAGAAGACCAGCUCCGACCGCCUCUUCUUCAUCAACACGAGCUACCUGCCGGGGAAGACGCCGGAGGCGCUGCGGCUGCUGCGGGAGGAGGAGCUGAGGAAGCUGAGAGGGGACGGGCGAGGGGAGAGGAAGGAGUGGGAGCGCGUCUACGACUUCGACUACUACAACGACCUCGGCAACCCGGAGAAGGACGACGACCACGUGCGGCCCGUGCUGGGCGGCACCAUGGCCCACCCCUACCCUCGCCGGUGCCGCACCGGCCGCCCCCUCAGCAAGGCCGACGGCGUGACGGAGACGCGGAGGCACAAGCUGAUCAACCUCGACUACUACAUCCCGCCGGACGAGCGGUUCAGCCCCGGGAAGCUCGCCGAGGUGCUCGCCAUGGGCGUGCAGGCGGUGACCCACUUCGUCGUCCCGGAGGCGCGCGCCAUCUUCCACGGCGACGUCGUCAACUUCAAGUCGCUCGACCAGCUCCGCGGCGACCUCUACAGCAAGCCGCCGCAGCCGGCGGCGGACGGCAGGGUCAUGGACGAGCUCAAGUCCGCCGUGCCGUCGCACAAGACGUACAAGCAGGUGGCCAAGAUGGUCAAGGACACCCCCGUCAAGUUCCCCAUCCCUCAAGUCAUCCAGCAUGACAAGGAUGCGUGGAGGAGCGACGAGGAGUUCGCGAGGGAGAUGCUGGCAGGGCUCAACCCGGUGGUGAUCAAGCGGCUGGAGGCGUUUCCACUCAAGAAUAGCACGAUAACCCCGGAGCAUAUCAAGAGCCAGCUUGAAGGUCUGACCAUCGAACAGGCGGUGCAUGAGAAACGGAUGUAUAUCCUGGACCACCAUGACUACCUGAUGCCGUACCUUCGGCGCAUAAACACGCUGGGGGUGUGCAUCUACGCGUCGCGCACGCUGCUCUUCCUCAAGAACGACGGCGCCCUCAAGCCCGUCGCGAUCGAGCUGAGCCUGCCCGGCGACGGCGCCACCGCCGGCGGCGAGGAUAUCAGCAGGGUCUUCGUCCCUGCGAGCCGGGGGACUGAGGCGCAUCUGUGGCUGCUCGCCAAGACGCAUGUCUCGGUCAACGAUUCAGGGUACCAUCAGCUCAUUAGCCACUGGCUGUUGACGCACGCGACCGUGGAGCCGUUCAUCAUCGCGGCGAGGAGGCAGCUGAGCGCGAUGCACCCGAUCCACAAGCUCCUGGAGCCGCACUUCAAGGACAACAUGCAGAUCAACACCCUGGCCAGGAGCAUCCUGCUCAGCGCCGGAGGCCUCCUGGAGAGGACCAUGUACCCGGGGAAGUACGCCAUGCAGAUGUCUUCGGAUAUCUACGCCAACUGGAGGUUCACUGACCAAUCCCUGCCGAAUGAUCUCAUCAAGAGGGGAAUGGCGUCCAAGGACGAGAGGGCGCGCGGCGGCGUGUCCCUGCACAUCCAGGACUACCCGUACGCCGUCGACGGCUUGGACGUGUGGCUCGCCAUCGAAGGGUGGGUGCGCAGCUACUGCAGCCACUUCUACCACACCGACGGGGCGGUGGCCGGCGACGCGGAGCUCCAGGCGUGGUGGGACGACGUCCGCCACGUGGGCCACGGCGACCGGCGCGGCGAUGCCGCCUGCUGGCUGGAGCUCGACACCGUCGGCCACCUCGCCGAGUCGCUGACGACGCUCAUCUGGGUCGCCUCCGCGCUGCACGCCGCCGUCAACUUCGGCCAGUACGGCUACGCGGGGUUCCCGCCCAACCGCCCCACGCGGUGCCGGCGGUUCGUGCCGCUCCCGGGGUCGCCGGAGAUGGCGCAGCUGGAGGCCGACCCGGAGCGGUUCUUCCUGGAGGCGGUGACCGACCGGUUCACCGCCACGCUGGGGCUGGCGCUCAUCGAGGUGCUCUCCAACCACACCUCCGACGAGGUGUACCUCGGGCAGCGCGCCACGUCGAAGUGGACGGACGAGGGCGAGGUGCUGCUGCUGCUGGACCGGUUCCGCCACGAGCUCCGGCAGGUGGAGAAGAAGGUGGAGGAGAGGAACAGGGACCCGCUACUGAAGAACCGGAGGGGCCCCGCCACCGUGCCGUACACGCUGCUCUACCCGGACGUCGACGGACACGACAAGGGGAUCACCGGCAAAGGGAUACCCAACAGCGUCUCCAUUUGAUCAUCCUUUUAUUAAUUAAUUUUCCAUAUAUAUAUAUAUAUAUCCUUUUAUUUGAUUUUUCCCACGCUCUGACUGUGUGUGCAUGCAAAAUGUAAAUUAAGCUCUUCUUUUUCUUUUCUUUUGGUUUGGUUUGGUUUGGUGUUUUUGUUGUUCCUGAUGUGCAAAGUGUGAUGGAAAAUUGAUCGAAUACGUGUUACAUAUUGAUUUGUAGUUUCUAUAUAUGUAAAGUUGAGUGGUUGUUUGGUUGUGACCCGUGUAUUUGUACGG